AUGGACAGGUUGCAGGCGGGAGCGCACAAACCGCCGGCGGUUAUUAUCAUCGCAAGGCAUGGCGCGCGCAUCGACGCUGUCGACAAGGACUGGCACCUCACGUCCCCGACCCCGUACAACCCCCCCUUGACAUAUGGCGGAUGGAUACAAGGUCGUGCAUUAGGAGCACAUAUUGCUAGUCUUCUAAAGGCGAGAGAAAUUUCGGUUCUUGACGACGUCAUACCGUCAGCCAGCAGCUCCAAUACUACCAUAAAUAGUUCAACAACGGCGACAACGUCCGAAGACAUCCAUCACGAAAUUCCGCGGAAAGUGCGAAAACACAACCUGAUAAUACACUCGUCCCCGUUUUUGCGAUGCGUCCAGACAUCCGUUGCAAUCGGCGCAGGUAUAAGUCAAUAUUAUCGAUCCGAGAAUGAGCAAACGCCGCCGUCCUCAAACCCGGCAUCUAGGGACAUUUCACCGCUUGCCAGCCCCUUACGGCCAUCUACACCAAAUGCGACCGAUCAAUGGACAAGACAUAUAGGGAAGGACAGAGCAAGCAGUCACGGUAGACGCGCAAAGGCUGCUCCGAGGACACGCCUUCGCAUUGAUGGAUUCUUAGGAGAGUGGCUUUCCCCAGAUUAUUUCGAUCAAAUUACGCCGCCUCCAGCGUCGGUAAUGAUGGUGGCAGGCGCCAAAUCCGAGCUCUCAAAACGGGGCGAGACUCUCCAUCGUGCGUACAACGUGGGAGGAAACUCGUUUUCUGGACAUUUCCCGGGUGGCUGGAAACGCAACCAGUCACCCACAACACCCGACGCACCCAAUAACGGAAGCGCUGGUUUCGGGAUGUCUGCACUAGCUGAUGCCUUGCCUUCAGAAAGUCGAUUCGGUGAUGAUGGGUUCAACUAUCAUCGUCCGAUUAAAGCAAUAACCAUUCGAGAUGUUCUUUCAAGAUCGCCAUCGCAUUCUCAUGAAGACUAUUCCGACGGUUACAUACCCCCAGUCCCUUCCUAUGCCGUCUCGACGUCCGAUCCAAUCCCCCCAGGAUAUGUCGCUCAUGCAAGAGAUGCUUGUAUAGAUGUCGAUUAUCAAUGGGACAGUAUGAAGGGCCCACAAAGUUGCGGUGACGGUGGAGAGUAUGGUGAAGAGUGGAGUGCGAUGCACAGGCGGUUUCGAAACGGACUUCUGAAUCUGUUAGAUUGGUACAGCCAUGAGCAACCACGGAGACAUCACCAGAAUCAUCGUUAUCAUCAUCAUAAUCACAACAACCACCAUCAUUAUGAAGGAGAGGAUGAUACCGAUACAGUCGUUGUUCUUGUUACGCAUGGGCCUGGGUGCAACGCUCUCAUCGGAGCAUUAACAAACCAGCCAGUCCUUAUUGACGUGCCCAUGACAUCCUUGACCAUGGCAGUGCGCAAGGACGUCUUCAAACCCAAAGAGUCACUAACCCAUCAAUCCCCAGAUCGCCUCGACAAUCGCGAAGCCGAGCAGCGCGUCUUACAAUCCGCCACUUCCCUUCUUCAAUUAUAUGACGUCUCGCUCGUUGCGUCCACUGAACAUCUACGGGCGACCUCCAAUCCUCUUUCGAUACCACAACUUCCCAGUCCCGUUCUGGAACGACCAAGGCCAAUAUCCAUCUAUCGACAUCGCGUUGACUCGAGCCCCGUUCGAUUUACGAAUGACAAUGAAGAAACAACAAGCCAGCCUGCUACCCGCAAGCUCGGUUUGCAACGAUCGGCAACCAUCAAUUCAUCGUCUCAUCACCACCAUUCAACUCGCCAUGGACCUGGCCUAUGGAGCUCAGCCAGCAAUAUUCCAUUCAAAAAUAACUACAGCGCUGAAGUAGAAGAAAGCCUUAACCACCGCAAUGAACGGCCCGAACUAGCACCACUUGAAACCAAAAUUACGAAUGACGAACCCAAAUUACAAACAGUGGGAACCGACGCCAGACCGUCCUCGUCCUCGUCAUUGCAAUUUUCAUCGCCAAACCAGCCACAUGAGCCUCUCCAAGAACAACAGCCCAAAAGUCAGCUUGGUCUGUGGAGCAGUAGUGCGGCCUUCGUGCAGGCACGCGAACGUGAAUCCACAAUUAGGCGAAGGUGGACUGUCACUGAGCAGCAAUGA